GACUAAAAACCCAACUUGAUUCUUAUAUUAAGCAACAAUGCAUUCGUACAUAUUUAAGAAAAAAACAGUUUUUAAAUCCAGAAAUCAUAAAUAACACAAUAACUAAUUUGGAUGGUGAUGUUAACCUAAGUGAAGAAAUAAAAUCAUUUACUAUGCUGCUAACUAUUUUACAAGAAAUUAGAGAUUUAAAUAAUGCUAAAAAAAUCGUGAAUGAAGAAAAUAUAGUUAGUGAGCUAGCUGAUGAAGAAAUA